CUUUACGACGUCCGUGCCGACAGACCAAAGCGCAGCUGCGCCAUCUUCCACAAGCAAGUCAGCAGACACGGUACCAGUGGGGGCGAUCGCUGGCGGAGCUGUCGCAGGCGUGUUCCUGGCAAUAGCAGCAGUUAUUGCCUGGCAUCUCUGGGGACGAAACAUCAAGCACAAGGAGACGGAGAAGAGGAAGCAAGCAGUGCGUAGUGCUGUGCUGAGACAUGGAUCUACCACCCCGAUCCUCGCUGACGCUGUGUGCGCGUAGUUCGCGUUCUUCCAGGUCCGCGAGAACACUAGGCGCAAUGCAUCGUCGCUCUCACGGCCGCACGACAGCUAUCGGCCGUCGUCGGCAGCUAAUAACGCAAGCGAGCGCAAGGUCAAGUUUGUCUCCCUAUACCCGCGGACAGCCUCCAAUGCUGAGUCCGAGAAGGAGAACGGAGACAAUGUCUCAAACGUGCCUUUCGUCGCUCGCCCCGUGAGCUAUGCACCUGCACGGCCCAGCCCUCUCGCCAAAAGCGUGACCCCACGAGACGAACCGCCGUCGCCUUCAGGAGCGUCCGCCCCGCUCUUGUCCGAGCGACCGAACCCCACACGAAGCGACACUGAUGCCUCAAAAGCAUCAACUUCGACUGUGCCCUCAAGCUGGCGCGCACCAAUAGCACUUGAGCCCCCACGGCUGAGCCACAAGAAUUCGAAUGCAAGCAGCGUGUCAGCGUACUCCACCCAGAGCGGCGAAGAACGCCAGAUACGGGCACCCCCGAGCUUAAUUAUGGCCGCACUCAGUCAGCCCGACCCCUCGCAGCCACUGAUUGCGGAAUACACUCCGGCGCAGCGGCUGUCUGCCACAGAGAGCGAUGAGCCCAAUCGUUUGUCUCAUGUCAGCGCGACUUCAACAUCGUCCCGAGAGGUUGGUAUUGCACGAUGACGAGUAUUUGGUAUGGCUAUGCCAGGACUUGCCGGACGUUAAAUCCCGCAUGGACUGCUUCCUUUUGACCGUGUGACAGUCACAGAUUAAUGACUCUUCAUGUUCCCUAAUGGCCUCAGACGUAUACCACAAGCAAAUUUUGUCGACGGACCUUGAUACGAACAUACCUGCUUUGUAGUUUUGCUUUACC